AUGAUGAAACAGCAGAGAUCUCUAAGGCCUGUCUUGGAAUUGAACCAGGUGAUAAUUCCCACUUAUGGAACUGUGCCAGAUCAGCAAAACCUUCAUACUCCAGAAUGGGCUGAUUUUGAUAAUAAGCCAGACUCCUUGUUCUUCAGCGAUGGGCAGCGAAGAAUUGACUUUGUUUUGGUAUAUGAAGAUGAAAGCAAAAAAAUGACUCACAAGAGGAGCGAUCGUAGAAAGCAAAAGAGGAAGAGACAGGUUUAUGAGUCCAAUCUGAUAAAUAAUGGCUUGCAACUAGAAGCCACAAGAUCGGUUUUGGAUGAAAAACUUAUUUUUGUAAAAGUGCAUGCACCUUGGGAAGUGCUGUGCACAUAUGCUGAGGUUAUGCACAUCAAAUUGCCUCUGCAGCCCAAUGACCUGAAAACCCGAGAUUCAGCUUUCAACUGGUUUAGUAGACUGUUCAGAGUGGAUGAAAAUAUCAUUAAACCCGAGCAGGAGUUUUUCACUGCCCCUUUUGAAAAGGAACAUUUGUCCAACUUUUAUAUUCAAGACAAAGAUACAUUUUUCAAUCCUGCAACUAGAAGCCGAAUUGUUCAUUUUAUCCUAUCCCGUGUGGAAUAUGCAACUAAAAACAAUGUGAAAAAGUUUGGCAUUAACAAAUUACUGGAUGCUGGAAUCUACAAAGCAGCUUUUCCCCUUCAUGAUUCUAGUUUCAGGCACCUGUCAACUGAUCCUGACUGUCCAAGUGAACGAUAUCUUCUCUACAAAGAAUGGGCUCACCCUAAAAACAUUUUCAAACUGCAGCCCUUGGAUUUUAUCAGGAAAUAUUAUGGAGAGAAAAUUGGAAUCUAUUUUGCUUGGCUGGGGUUUUACACUAAUAUGCUGAUCGUGGCUGCAGUUGUAGGAGUUGGCUGUUUUCUGUAUGGAUGUCUGACAAAGGACAACUGCACAUGGAGCCAAGAAGUAUGUGAUCCCAACAUAGGAGGUAAUAUCAUAAUGUGUCCUCAAUGUGAUAAAGUAUGUGCCUACUGGAACCUCACCAUCACUUGUGAAUCGUCCAAGAAACUCUGUAUAUUUGAUAGCUUUGGAACAUUGGUGUUUGCAGUAUUUAUGGGAAUAUGGGUUACCUUGUUUUUGGAGUUUUGGAAGCGAAGGCAGGCAGAACUGGAGUACGAAUGGGACACAGUUGAAUACUUAGAGCAGGAAGAACAAAUUCGCCCAGAAUAUGAAGCACGAUGCACUCGUGUAGUAAUGAAUGAAAUCACACAGCAAGAAGAACAUGUGCCAUACACUGCCUGUGGAAAAUGCAUGCGUAUGACUUUUUGUACAAGUGCAGUCUUAUUCUGGAUUCUUUUGAUUAUUGCUUCCGUUAUUGGAGUCAUUGUCUACAGACUCUCAGUUUUCCUGGUGUUUUCUGCAACAUUGUCACAGCACAUUACUGGGACGCAAUCCGCAAUUCGCAAGUACCUAACUCCACAAACAGCUACUUCAAUAACUGCUUCAAUCAUCAGCUUUAUAGUCAUUAUGACUCUGAACAUCAUCUAUGAGAAAGUGGCAAUCAUGAUUACUGACUUUGAGCUUCCGAGGACACAGACCGAUUAUGAAAACAGUCUGACCACAAAGAUGUUCUUAUUCCAGUUUGUCAACUACUACUCUUCAUGCUUCUACAUAGCCUUCUUUAAGGGUAAAUUUGUAGGUUACCCUGGAAAUCCAGUUUAUUGGCUAGGAAAGUAUCGCAAUGAGGAGUGUGAUCCAGGUGGAUGUCUCCUUGAACUCACAACUCAGCUUGCCAUCAUAGUAGGAGGUAAAGCAAUCUGGAAUAACAUUCAAGAAGUGCUUCUUCCUUGGGUUAAGAAUCUAAUCGGAAGAUAUUGUGCAGCUGCUAGAUCAGAAAAAAUUGUUCCACGCUGGGAACAUGACUACCACCUGCAGCCCAUUGGAAAACUUGGAUUGUUUUAUGAGUACCUUGAAAUGGUUAUACAGUUUGGAUUUGUCACUCUGUUUGUGGCAUCGUUCCCACUGGCUCCUCUUCUGGCUCUUAUUAACAAUAUGUUGGAAAUCCGAUUGGAUGCGUGGAAGAUGACAACCCAGUUCAGACGCAUAGUUCCACAGAAAGCACAAGACAUAGGAGCAUGGCAGCCAAUCAUGCAAGGAAUAGCCAUUUUGGCUGUGGUUACCAAUGCCAUGAUAAUUGCUUUUACAUCUGACAUGAUUCCUCGUCUGGUUUAUUACUGGUCCUUUUCAGUCCUUCCUUACGGGAAUCACAGCAGUUACACUAUGAAAGGCUAUAUAAACAAUACACUCUCUAUCUUCAAUAUAUCCGACUUCAAGAGUGAAAGCAAGCCAUUUCCCCCUUUGUUUGUGAACCAAACGACAUGCAGAUACCGUGAUUUCCGCUACCCUCCUGGUCACCAGCAUCAGUAUGAGCAUAACAUAUAUUACUGGCACGUCAUUGCAGCCAAGCUGGCUUUCAUCAUUGUCAUGGAGCAUGUCAUAUACUUUGUGAAGUUUAUUAUUUCAUAUGCAAUACCAGAUGUAUCAGAAAAGACCAAGAGCAAGGUCAAACGAGAGAGAUACCUAACACAGAAACUCUUGCAUGAGAAUGAUCUCAAGGUUGUGAAAAAAAACAUGGGGAAGAUAGCCGACAAAAUUUUCAAAGGAGUGGAUAGCCCUUUCCGACCUAAAGCUGAAUAAGUACUUUUUUAUCUGGAAUAAAAGUAUUUAGCCAGCUUAUACUUGUCCACAUGUUCGCCACAGCUAAUCAAACUCUUUGGAUUAAUUUCCAUUAUUAAACACUGUUUCUUGCAACAAUACCCUGCACAUUUCCCUGUUUCCCAUAGGCAAAUACAACCACUGAGACUCAGUGAAGAAUUAACAAGUUUUUUAAACAGCUUUAGUGUGACAUACUUUUCUAACAUAAAAUGAUAAAUAUUAUUUAUCAGCAUAAGAAGAUGCAGAUUAAUUUUGAAAUGCAUAGAGUGCUUUCCACUUCAUUUAGGCAUUGGCUAUUUGAUCUGUUGUUCAACUAGACUAAAACUUGAAGAACCAGAAUUGUUUUCUGUAAGACUAACGCCGAAGAGUUUUGAUCACAUGUGUAAACACCAAGUAUAAAGUGAAGAGGAAAAGCCAAAAUAUGAAGGAAAGAGAAGGAAAAUACAACUCAAAAUCAUGUUGCUAAGCUAUUGCAAUUGAUACACUAAGCGCUGUUGUGUUCUGCACUGAAUUAGAUAUGCAAACUGGAACUUAAAUGGAUAGCAAGAUAUUUCAAUUAAUCAUGGACUUGGAUCACAAGAAGCAGCAAGACUGGAAGCCCAUCCUGUUCAUCAAUCUCUGUGUGAACAGGAGAAUUGUCUUAGAAAUCAAUGCCAACAAAAUGA